UGCUAUGCAAUAUAAAGGCUUACCCCCAGCUCUGUGCCUAAUUAGUUCACUUAGGGCCCUUUAUAAGACUUUAGUAGGGGACUGGGCGGAACAGACACUUGCUGAGGAGUCCGUAGCUCAACAGGAUAGCAGCAGCAGCAGCAGCAGCAGCAGCAGAUUGUGGAUCCUUAAAGUUGACUCGCUGGUUCACAAAAACAAACCGAUCUGAAGACUACCUGCUUUUCUGAGAAUGCCACACUUAACUGGCUGCAGUUACUACACAAUGCGGGAUGCAACCAGAGCUUCAAAUGUACAGAGCCACCUGGAGAACUCCAAGUUCCACCUCCAUCAGACCCAGAAUCAGCAGGUCAAGCAGUACCUGACCCUCGGCUCCAAACUGGCCUCUUCGGCCGGGCAGGGCCACGCCGUUCUGCAUCCGCACGCCUCCGGCCAGCCGCUGGCCACCGUGCCGAUCAUGAGGAACGGGCACAUGCCUCCGGUCAGCGACGGCAGUAACCCCAACAGCCCCGUCACCCUGCUCAGCAUGGCCAGCCACGACAGCGAGUUCCCAAUGGAUGAGGUUAUUGAUGACCUGAUUAGUCUUGAAUCCGGUUUCAAUGACGGAGGCUUGGAUUGCAUGGAGCCUAACCUCAUGAUGCAAAACAAUGUGUCCCUCAGUGGCAGCAUGCUGGAUGUCUAUGGGGGUGAGCCAGUGCAUGACACAAGAGUGAUGGCCAAAGAGAGACAGAAAAAAGACAACCACAAUCUGAUUGAAAGAAGGCGAAGAUACAACAUCAACUACAGGAUUAAGGAACUGGGGACGCUCAUACCUAAGUCGAAUGACCCGGACAUGCGCUGGAACAAAGGCACUAUCCUGAAGGCCUCGGUGGAGUACAUAAGGUGGCUGCAGAAGGAGCAGCAGCAUGCUCGGGAGCUGGAGAGCCGUCAGAAAAAGCUGGAGCAAGCAAACAGGAGACUUCUGCUGAGGAUCCAGGAGCUUGAGAUCCAGGCACGAGCACACGGCCUCCCGAACAUGACCUCCGCCCUGGGGGCCGCAGAACCGAGCUCCCAGCUCCUCAAACAACCGCAGCAGCUCCAGUCGUCUCCCCAGGCCCAGCAGACCCAGCAGCCGCCCCUCUACCAGGAGGACCCCAACGGGGACUACCUCCAGAGGAUCGCCGGCGUGCCGCCGUCCCUCCCCGCCGGCGGCGGCGGGGCGCACGACCACAUCCCCGGCGCCGACGGCUGCACCACCUUCUCCGACCCGCUGUCCCACUUCACAGACUUCUUCAGCGCGACCCUCAAGGAGGAGCACCGGCUGGACGAGAUCCUGAUGGACGACCCGCUGUCGCCGUUUGGCGCCGACCCGCUGCUCUCGGCCGGCUCGCCCGAGGCCGCGUCCAAGGACAGCAGCCGCAGGAGCAGCUUCAGCUCGGACGAGAGCGACAACGACCUAUAAGGGGUGGGGGCGGGGCUCCGUGGCGACAAACUCUUGUUAUCUUCCCUGGCGACAUCGCUGUUGUGAUGCCCUGUGAGCGGGAGUCUCUACAAGACUGACUGAUGGCCGACUGAACCGCUCACAGGGUUGCGACAGCUAACACACCUGGCAGCGCCUCUCAAAGUGCCAACUGUAAAUAAAGAAAAACGUCGCUCUUGUUGAUCAGGUGGAUUGGUGCCAACGCUUUAAAGCUCAGCGGGACUAGAAACAGCUCAAGGACCUCCUGCUCCUCCACCUGCUCUUUUUUUUAACAUUUUUUUUUUUUUUUUUUUUUUACCUCACAACAGACAAUGAAAUUUGUUUCUCUGCCUCCCGGACAGAGCUGAAACAGACACACAAGAAAAAGGGAGACAUUUAUAAGCCUUUUUUAGUACGUGAUAUAAAUGAGUGUCCAUUGUUGUUUUUGGUUAACACUGUUGUAGCUGUACACUGUAAUGUGUGCAAAAUAAUCACUGGAAUGCAGCCAGAAUGGUCCAUGAAUGAAAUGAAAAUACUACUACUUUUAACGAAGGACUGUAAACAGUACAGUUUCAACAUGGGAUCAACACGGGACGGACAUACUCACUGCAAUGCCUAACAUGUCUUGUCUGUGUCCUUUAAGUGUUUUUUCAUAUAAUUGCUUUUGUAUUUAUAUACGUUUUAAUCCAUGUUUUUGUGAAAAAUAUAUAUAUAUAUUAUUAUCCAACAUGUUACUUUUUUAUUCUUCGUAUAGGGGUGGGAAACAAUAUAAUAAACCCCUUUUUGGUAAAUGCUA